GAAUCAAAAAUAUUGAUUGAGAUAAAUCGGUAUUUCUGGUCACUCUGUGUACAUCGAUGGGAAUAUAGCAUCAUAUUUCACUGCAAGCCGGCCCGUUCCCGUGUGUUUCGCGCGGUGUGCGAAUGAGUGGAGCCGAGUUUUUCCGCCUUUUUACGGCCAAUUGUCCAUUUUGAUUCGCUGCCGGCGUUCGACUGCCACACCGAACCCCACCAAACUAUAAAGAACUAGCUACUAUGUGCCCGCACAAACGCACGCACCACGCUGCCUGAAGUAAUGUAUUCCUCCAAGCCGAUGAAUGUAAGCAUGAUCAUGAAUCCUCAAAUAUACUGCCAUAUUAUGGACGUGCUGCGUCAGCCGAUCGUGCGGCGCUGCGAAGAGCUGCGGACCAUAUUCGAGCACGAAUGCGUGCACGAUCUGCACGACAUGUUUCCGCUGCUGAUCAGCUCUAUCUUUGAUCUGACCGGGCCGGGCUGGAACUUGCGCAAAAUCACGCGCGAAAAUGCCCCGCGCGAGUUCGACGUGCUGCAGGAGUUUUUCUCGCCGCUGCGCGGGCCCAUGAUACGGCUCUGCUACAAGCUGAUCGAUCGAAACAAGUACGAAGUGCCUAUCGCAUAUCUGCCGGUGAAAAUGCAGCACAUGCUACUUGCCGGCCUGUACCCCCCGUUCUAUUCGAAGCGUAUCCGAAUCGAUCCAUUCAGUCGAACCGUCGUAGGAUUGACUCUGAAUUCGUUCGAAUACUUUCUGCUAUUCUUCGCCCUGUACGGUGUGGUGCCGCUGCGUAACCUGUACACGAACAUGGCCCUAGCCGCCGCCGACAAUGAUCGCAGCGAAACGAUCUACCUAAUACUGGCCGCCGAUCUGUCGAUCGUGUUCGUGCCGAGCGAUCCGGACGUGUAUCUGCUCGCGCCGGAAGUCACGCCGAUGCGGCCGGCGCCACCAAUCAACCGGAUGAAAAACAAAAAGAAUCCCACCGGCACGCUCAAAUAUUUGCUGCCGCAGCGGCUGCUCCCGCAGGAGCCGGAGACGAAACCGCACCGGGUGGACGCAAUAGCGGAAGCGUUCCACUGGCGGUCGGAAGCGUUCAUCUACCUGCUGUCGGACGUGUGGCUCGGCACGGAGGUGGACCAGACGGCCGUCCUGCCCGACAUCGAUCUGGUGCGGUACGUGCGCAUACUGGUGAAGCAGCUGCACGGGUUCGCGAACUGCACCGAGGUCGGCACGAACACGCAGGUCGAGCGGCUGCGCCAGGACACGGCCGGGCUGAUGGUGCCGCGCAUCACCGUCUUUCUGCGCUGCCUGUUCAUGCUCUGGCCGCUCGACCAGUCGUUCACGCACGUGCUCGAGCUGUGGCUCAGCUACAUCCAGCCAUGGCGGUACGUGGAGGGCAAGCCGCCGAGCAAGCAGUACGAUCUGCCGAUCGAUCCGCGCUACCACGCGUUCGUCGCCUCCAACCUGAACGCGUACAGCGAGAUGUUCGUGUGGCUGGUGAUGCGGGUGGCGGCGAGCGAGCUGCCGAUCCAGCGCUACACGCUGCUGCUGGUCCGCACGCUCAAGGUGUUCGGGCAGGGCGAUCUGCUGCCGCUGCUGCGGCAGCAGACCGAGCGCCAGUGCAAGAUCAAGCAGAACUCGGACACGGUGGUGCAGGUGCUGCCGGUCAAGCGCAAGCAGUACGAGCUGAUCACGUUCCCGUUCGACGAUCCGCGGCCCGGCCUGAUCCGGCACGAGACCCUGCUGGUGCCGAUGUUCGCCGACCAGGUGCAGCUCGCGCUGGAAACCAUCACCGAGCGGGUGUGCGCCCGCAUCGUGGACAACCGGGCGGCGCUCGCCAAGCUCGCCGCCGAGGCGAAGUACGCGGGCGACUCGUGGACCAGCUGGAUGCCGCUGAACGUGAUCCGGCGGAAGGAGUGCGAGCGGGCGGCGGCCGACCUGACCGACGAGCAGAACCGGCUCGAGUUCGCGGUGCAGAUACUCGAACAGGGCUUCUACACCGUGCCGGUGUACAAGCAGCGCGAACCGACGCCCCCGCCCGACUACCUCGCCGCGGAGCGGGCGCUGAUGCCGGGCCCGAUGGACAUCGGGGACGACGCGCUCCGGCCGAUCACGAGCAGCGAGUGCCGGUUUCUGGUGCGCUUCCUCUACCAGCUCAGCAGCAAGCUGAACGUGAUGUUCGGCGACGACCUGCAGCGGCUGUGGCACCGGGACGGACUCGUCGGCCGGCUGGCGCGCCGCACGCUCGAGCCGCCCACCACCAUCUCGGAGUUUACCCGCAUGCCGAUCUGCACGCACGGCUCGAAAACGCUCGUACGGACGAAGGUGGGCCCGCGCGUCAGUCUGCGCUUUCUUGGCUCCUACACCUCGAUCGUCACCGUCAGCUGCUCGUUCCUGGCCGGCUACCUGCUGUUCGGCACGCCGAGCUACGGCUUUAUCGCCCUGCUGCUGGUGGCGUUCCUGUACAUACUGGUCAAACCGGAAGGCAAGGCAAAGCAUCGUACGCCAAUCGUAAUGCCAAUAGUACCAGUGGUAUUGCAAUAAUAUUUAGAUUGCACAUCACUACAUGGAACGAUAGUUGCAGAUCGGAUGACACCAACCGAUCCACGGAUGACAUCGGUCCUGUCAAGGGAUGACGAGCAGAUCGUCCUGUAUAUUCAUGUACGGGAUCACGACCGGACUGGAAUAGCAGAGUACCACAGUACCAACGCAUGCAUGAAAGGAAUUGGCAUAGAUUAUAUUUAGACCAUAUGCUAGGCGAGGUAGAACGAGCGCAGCAAGCCAAUCGAAUGCUCUGUGUGUACGCCUGAGUGUUGCCAUCGUUGUCCGUGCGUCAGAUGCGUGGAAGCUCACCUAUCGCCACGCCACAAAACAAAUCACAAACUGCGGACAGUUCUUCUGCACCUUAGGAUAGUACAUAGUACAUAGAUAGUACAUUUACUUCGUUAGUAAAAUAUUCAAACAAAACCUUAAAACCUGUUUCCGUUUAAUGCAUUGAGUUUAAUUUUCACGAACUGAAUUAUUCACCGUUGUACAAUAGUUCACCGAGCAAUAGUUUCUUCAAAUUAAAUAAAAAUAAACCCUGAAA